AUGGAAGCCCUUUAUAGAUUCUUUUUUUUGGUCUCUCCUUUACAGUGCAUUGAUUCAGCCGUAGAAUUAUUUGCCAUAAAUAGAUUCCCUUUCUUCCCAGAGUGUUGGGAGCCAGAAGGAUUGGGAACCUCAGGUAUACUGAGCUGGUUCAUCUUUGCAUUUUCCAUUGGUAACUUCCUGGGAAGAGUCUGGCCGGAUUUUAGAUUGAUUUUGCCAGUCUCUGUUAGGGGUGCUGAGGUUGAUGUCUGGUUUCAACAUUCUUUUGUGGGAUCAGCAGGGGUCUCAUUCCUGGGCUCCUGUGCUGGGAGACUUUACUCACCCUCUCCUCCUUUUAAAAUGAUGCUUUUAGAGGUCAAGGUAGUGAGGGGUGGUGCAGCUAAUCUCAAAUUCUCAUUAAAGCAAAAUUAG